AUGAAGCGUCGAUGUAUGAAGCGCAGCGAGCGGAUGAUUUUUAGAGUUAGUUUGGGUUGUUUUCACGUUUUCUUCGCGUUUUAUAAAUACGCGAGAAAACGACAGAAGAAAUCUCAUCUCUGGCAGCGUCCGAAAGCAGCGAUGGAGAAACAACGCCACGAAGGCGGUAGCGAAGCGGGACGUGAUAGUUGUUUGCAAGUGAGAAACAGCACCAACGAGAACCAGAGCGCGGGGCAAAGACCACACGCGGCGUCUCCUCAGCAACCGACGGAGACGACGAGUUCAAAAAAGGCGACGAGGACGUUUCCUUCGUUGUCGAACAAAGUCUCGUCGUCUGUUGCGUCUGCUGGUCACGAGCAAAGGUCACUCGACGAUCGAAUGAGCGACAUUGGUGGUACUCUGCAAACGUUGUUUACCCCUGAUGAACGCGAGGAAAACGACAGAAGAGAAGAGAACGACGACUUUCGCACACCAACGACGACGACGACGACGAAAACAACAGAAGAGCGAGGGGGGCGAGGGGUAGGAGACAAAGAAAAUUUUGAAAUUUUGAAAUCCUUAACGACGGAAGGACCUCCAACUGUAGGGUUUAAGAGGAAAAAAACAAAUCUCUCAUCUUCCCGCAAAACACCACAACUCACAAAACCAUCGUCGCCUCUCUCUCUCGGUGGUAGUGGCGGUGGUGGUUUUACCUCUGCUCUCGCUGCCGCGAGGGGCGACGGUGGUGGCGUCGUCGACGGGUUUGGCGACGAGGGAGUGAAUCAUGGUCCUUUGCAGCGAUUCAUCGUAUCGCAAUAUGAUACAAAACAGAAGUGGUUUCGUUGCUUGCAAAUCGAUCGAGUUGGGGAACAGUCGAAACAGUGCAACCUCCGCGCUACAAUGCACGCUCGCGGGUCAGACCAAACGAAAGAUGUGGACAGUUGCGCGACGCACGCCGGGCUGAAAAUUGAAUGUGUUUCUUGUCUUUGCACGUUCUUCGACGAAAGCACGGGCAAGCAGUGCCCGAUACGAGCGAAUUUUGGCUUGCCUUCGACGAAGGAAAAGGUGUACUGUUCUACACACGCCAAAGUAGAGAACGGUAGGUUGCGCGAUGACGAGGAGAAGUACGUCGACGUCGGUCAUAAAAAGUGCACGUUCUUCGACGAAAGCACGGGCAAGCAGUGCCCGAUACAAGCGAAUUUUGGCUUGCCUUCGAGGAAGGAAAAGGUGUACUGUUCUGCACACGCCAAAGUAAAGAACGGUACGUUGCGCGAUGACGAGGAGAAGUACGUCAACGUCGGUACUAAAAUGUGCGAGAUUUGCGGGGUGAUGCCCGGGUACUACAAAAUCGCAGGCAGCGUUUUGGUGAGAGAGGACGGCGUUACUUUCAUUGAGUGGAAGUCGGCUUGUUGGUAUUGCGCGACGUGGCAGAAUCCUGCAGACGUCAUGUUUAACAAAGACGCGUACACGGAGAAGGAGGGCGAAAGAAAACCCGAGGCCUCGAAAAUGUUCAUGCGCAGAGAGCACAUCGCCAUUCAAAGCCUACUCAAACGCAUUGGAGAAGACGGCUUGAAUCUCUAUUUGGUACACAAUAGAGUUAUCAAAACGGGCGCAUGUUGUCGUGACGAUGGCGAGAGGCAUCGUCGACGACUUGAUGCUUCGAUAAUCGUCCACACCCGUUCAGAAGAAGGUGUCGACGGCGAGGGGGCUCCGAUAUUAAUUGGUUUAGAGUGCGACGAGAACGGUCACAAGUCGUACGAUAAAGAAGAUGAAGCAAAACGAGUCAACGAAAUUCAAAUGGCGUGGGGCGUCAACGCCAGCGUUUAUUUGCGCUUCAAUCCGGACGGAUACAUUCCGCUUGGCCAAACUACGAAACGAACUGGAUUUUUCGUUCGUAAAAAUGAGGACAAGAAGGAAAUAGAUUACCGUCUCGACGUCGUGUGGGAGAAGUUGAAAGAACUCGUUACUCACAUCCAAACGCAUGGACCGCAAGACUCGUACGAAAGCGUCUUUCUCUUUUUCGACGGCCAUAAUGACGAUGAUUUCCGGAAGAGAGAUUAA